CGUUUCAGAAUGUCCUCAUCGUUGAGGAUGUUGUUGGAACUGGGAGGACCAUGAAAGCACUGCUCAGUAGCAUAGAGAAAUACAAGCCCAACAUGAUCAAGGUGGCCAGUUUAUUGGUCAAGAGAACACCCAGAAGUGAUGGCUUCAGACCUGACUACACUGGAUUUGAGAUUCCAAACUUAUUUGUGGUGGGAUAUGCCUUAGAUUACAACGAAUACUUCAGAGAUCUGAAUCAUAUAUGUGUGAUCAAUGAACAUGGUAAAGAAAAAUAUCGAGUGUAAGGAGGAAAAUCCUCACCGUCUCAUUCCCGGAUAACAUCAUACGUACGCAUGCUGUCAGGAACCAGCUUGUAAAGUUUGUCUCUGCAGUCAUCUUCACGCAGCAGGAUAUAAAAGGAAAAAAAGGUGUUUCAAUGAGAGAAAUUUCUUUUCUGAGAUUAUAGUAUAAAGAGGACCAAAGGUCCUUAAGGAAAAGAAAGCAACACUUUUAUUUGACUUGUUCCCAAUUAAACGCUCUGCCUUGUGACUCAUGAGUUCUAGCUACGUUCACUCUCCUGUCUUUUCACUCUAUACUGUCUUUUGUUUUCAUACAGUCAUUACAUUUGAUUACUUUUCCCAGGAAUACCCCUACCUAGUUACUCAAAUAUUUUUCACUUAACUUUUUUUAAUAUUCUUUUUGGUAAUAUUUUACAUUAUUAAGAACCUAGAAACCUUUUCAAUUAAGCCUUGAGCUCGUAUACCAGGAAUGCAACUAGGUUCUCAUACUAAAAAAGGAUGGAAAGGGCAACUUAAUAUAAAUUUCUGUUUGCACGUUUCUGACAGGCCAUUAUUAUCUACUUUGACAAAGCCCUUCUGAAAUGCAAUGUACAAUGAAUCUUAAUGAUGCUAUGAGAUAAGCCUCUGCUCCCUUCUCUUGAUUUGAGCUUCCGGUAUGCGAUGACGGUAUGUCAUGUAUGCAUGGAUCUACUCGACUGUGUUUAAUACUCUGAAUUUUAAUUAGAAAAAAUACAAUGGCAGCAAAGCCCUGGUUUUCUAAGCGGUGUGCUUUCAUUCAUGUGGACUUGAGCAAAUGGCAGAAUUGCUCAAAACUAAGCAAGUAUACAUUUUUUCUCUUAUUUGCAUCAAGACGCUCAUGUAUUCUGAACAUGAACACAGAGGUUGAAUUAUUUCUUAAGUGUCCUUAUAAGACUGAUCAAAAAAUGCAAGGUGCCAUAGGAAACAAGCAUAGUUAAGAAAGUUUUUUCUGAACAACAUUUUUUUUUUCCAUUUUCACAGUUUUAUAAGACAUUUUCUAAUUUCUGGGGAUUUUAAUUGAAAAUAAACUUGAGUGCCAAUAGGGCUGUUUUUUCUCACUUUCUAAAAGGAGCAAAUGCAAAAUAAAUGACUAAGCUGCCUUUGUGUGUUUCUGAACCAUAUGUGGCAUAUUGUUAUUAGGUUCUAGCUUCAUGUAGACUAAUAAAGAAUAUGAAAACUUGUUAUGUUU